UGAUCUAAGAUUUUCUGGCAAACUGUCAUUUUUCUUUCAUCAAUUUCCUUUCUGUCUUCUACGUCUACCUGAACGGAUCUUCAAACCCCCAAAUCUUCCUUAGAUUUCCCCCUUUUGUUUUCAUGCGGUCCAAAUGUUUGACCUUUUGUCUCAACGAAUUUUCUUGAUUCUUUCUGGGUUUACUGCAAAAUUUCAUGAACCGAUUUGAUAAUCAUAAAAACGAUUAAGAACUUUUCUGGUGAAUGAUACUGAUUUGAUUUGGGUUUUUGGGUUUUGUGGUUUACUGUAAAAUUCGAUGAGUCCAUUUGAUGAGAUUUGAUUGAAAAGAUUGUGAUUCUAUAGAGAAGUUUGUUUAAUUUAAGAGGAUUUGACCAUGAAUCAUUUCUAUCCAGUUGUUAAGGAAGAAUACCCUUCAGCUGUAUCCAGUGCUGAUCAGCCUGUGAUGGCAGACAUGCCACAGCCAAUGGAGGGUUUACAUGAUGCUGGACCUCCACCUUUCUUGACAAAAAUAUAUGAAAUGGUGGAUGAUCAAAGUAUGGAUCACAUUGUUUCUUGGAGUAGAGAAGGUCAAAGCUUUGUUGUUUGGGAUCCACAUGCUUUUUCUACUAAUCUCCUCCCACGAUACUUCAAGCACAACAAUUUCUCUAGCUUUGUGAGGCAGCUCAAUACUUAUGGUUUUAGAAAGAUCGAUCCGGAUUUAUGGGAAUUUGCAAAUGAAGGGUUUUUGAGGGGCCAAAGGCACAUGUUGAAGAACAUUAAACGCCGAAAAACUCCUCCUCAGGCUCUGGUGCCACAACAAGCCACAGCUCCAUGCAGGGAUCAUGGAAAACUACGAAUAGACAAUGAAGUCAAACGUUUGAAACGUGACAAACAGAUUCUUAUGAUGGAAUUAGUGAGGCUUAGACAACAGCAGCAAAAUACGAGGUCCCACCUUCAAGCGAUGGAGCUGAGACUACAAGGAACCGAGAAAAAGCAGCAAAAAAUGAUGGGGUUUUUAGCAAAAGCAAUGCAAAAUCCCGACUUUGUCCAGAAAUUGGUCCGGCAUGGUAAAAGAAAGGAUCUUGAAGAAACCAUCAUCAAGAAAAGAAGACGCCCGAUUGACCAUGGUGAAGGGUCAAAGCUUAUUAAAGCUGAACCUGAAGAAUCUGAAAUGUCUGAACUAGAUGCACUUGCUUUAGAAAUGCAAGGAUUUGGUAGAGCCAAAAGAAAUCAAGAGGAAACAGAAACACCAAAUGAUCUUGAUGGAUUUGAGGGUGGAGACAGAGAACUUGAUGAAGAAUUCUGGGAAGAGUUGUUCAAUGAAGAAUUUGGGAUAACGGGAAACGAAGGCUAAUAAAGUUGAAGAUGCGAAUUCUUCCAUUUGCUAAUGAUUCAUAAUGCAUCAAUCAUCACCUUCUUGAUCUUCCACUGUUAUUAAAAACUUCUAUUCUUGAUCUUUGUAGUUAGGUACAUGAACGGAUGAUGAUGAUGAUGAUGAAGAUAUGAAGAUCUUGGACAAAUUCAUGCUGAUUACUAGUUCUGAUGUUGGUUGGUUGACUUCUAUCUGAUUUUGUAUAGAAAAUCUAUGCAUUUUAUCACUUGGGUCUUCAUCUUAAUUAUUUUCUUGCCAAUUUACAGGAUACAGAUUCAUGAAAAGCACAAAUAAUGAAUCCCUCAAAGAAAUCCAACUUCUUUUCAGUUCUCCCAUCUUCUAAAUUGCUUUCUUUUCCCAGUUAAAAUUUCAGUUCUGUAGAUCUGAUCCCUUCAUAUGACUCUUUAUCUUGAUCAUUCAGAUCGGAAGCAUUUUCUUGGCCAGAAUUCAAGUGCUUGUUUCUGAGAUAACUCAAGAUUGAAGAUAUGAAGAUUCUUUGGCUGCAAUUUGGAAGUCAGCUAACCUUAGGACUCUUGAUGGCUACUUAAUGGUAUACUUAAUUGGGUUUGUUAAUUGAUAUGUUAAUUAGUGAUUAACUGAUAAAUGAUGUAUAUAGAACCCAUACAGUUAAUAAUGCCUUUGGA